AUGGCUAAGCAAGUUAAAGUUAGCGAAGUAGCAGACAGUAUCAGCAGUCUGCCUGACGAAGUUCUUAGUCACAUAAUCUCGUUCCUUCCAUUGAAACAAGCAGUUUGCACAUCUAUUCUUUCAAAAAGGUGGAGUAAGAUUUCUACUUUGAUGUCUAAUCUUAACUUGGAGGAUUGUUUUACAAGGAGAAAGUCAGAUUGUCAUAAUUUCAUGAAUUUUGUGGAUCGAAUUCUGUUCUACCAUACAGGGGUUGUGGAAAAAUUUCGUAUCAGAUGUGGAGGGUUUGUUGAUUCUUAUCGACUUGCAGGAUGGAUACGAUAUGCAUUGCAGAACGAUGUUAGAGAGCUUGAUUUAUCCGUAGCUUGUAAAGUGUUCAAUAUGCUGCCUGUCGGGGUAUUUACUUGCAAGACAUUGGUGGCAUUAAGAUUGCACGGUCACAAGAGGUGCAUGUUUGACCUGAAAGUGCCUGUUAAGAUAUGUUUGCCUAGCCUCAAGAUUCUUCAUCUUUCUGGUGUUGGACUUCUGGAUGAUGAUUCAAUAAAUAGACUCUUUUCUAGCUGUUCGCUGCUUGAGGAAUUGGUUGCAGACCGCUGCAUCUUGAAAACAAGGUGCAGAUUCAAGAUUUCCAUCCCUACACUGAAGAGGCUGACCAUAGCCUUUCAUGAGAGAGCUUUCAAAGAUUAUGAGAUUGUGAUUGAUGCCCCUAGCCUUGUCUACUUCAAAUGCCGUCAAAUACCAAAAGGAUUCUUCCACAAAAAUCUUAACUCUCUUGUCGAAGCAGAUAUCGAGUUCGGGACAGUUCUUGAAUCUGAUAACACUUUUCCUUCUUAUAAUACAGCUGCAACUGAUCUAUUUAAAGGCAUUAGUAAUGUUAAAUCACUUCGUAUAUGUGGUCUUUUUGGAAAGGUUUUCCCACAGGGUAGAAUCGUAAUCCCUGAGUUGCCUAAAUUGACUUAUUUGAGCAUUGAUGGCCGCUUCUUUGUUGGGUGGGAAAGCAUGCUACCAGUUUUGCUCGCAUCUUUUCCUUGUCUAGAAUCUCUUGUCCUUAAGGUCAAUACAGAAAUCGUCAAAGAGCUGCUGUCAUCCCAGAGAUUUCCUUCCUGCCUAUGGUCUCAACUGAAGACACUUAAAAUUUUGUCAUUCCAAGGUAGAAAGGAGAUGCAAAUGGUUGGGUUUUUUCUGAAGAAUGCAGAAGUUCUGGAGAAUUUCUCAGUAGAGCCUAGAGAAAGAAAAAGGCCGAAUCCAGCAAAAUGGAGGUCAAAGAUCACUAAAAAACUGUUGAAGUUACCAAAAGCCUCAAAGAAUUGUAAAGUCUUGGUUGUUUGA